UCCUACCAGGAACAGCACCGUACAGGACCGGAGCCCGGUGUCGGGAGCCGCAGCAAUGGGGAAGGCGGAUUUCCUCACACCAAAGGCGAUCGCCAACCGCAUCAAAUCGAAAGGUCUGCAGAAGCUGAGAUGGUACUGCCAGAUGUGCCAGAAGCAGUGCCGGGACGAGAAUGGCUUCAAAUGUCACUGCAUGUCCGAGUCCCACCAGAGGCAGUUGCUUCUUGCGUCUGAGGAUCCCCAGCAGUUCAUGGACUAUUUCUCUGAGGAAUUCCGCAAUGAAUUUUUGGAACUUCUAAAAAGACGCUUUGGAACAAAGCGGGUGCACAAUAACAUUGUGUACAACGAGUACAUCAGUCAUAGAGAACACAUCCACAUGAAUGCUACAAAGUGGGAGACUCUAACAGACUUCACAAAGUGGCUGGGCCGAGAAGGUUUAUGUAAAGUGGAUGAAACGCCAAAGGGCUGGUACGUUCAGUACAUUGACAGGGAUCCAGAAACAAUCAAGAGGCAGCAAGAAUUGGAGAAAAAGAAAAAACAAGAUCUAGAUGAUGAGGAGAGGACUGCUAAAUUUAUUGAAGAGCAAGUUAAAAGGGGCAAAUGUGAAAAAGAGGAGGAGACUCCAGUCUACACAGAAUUAAACCGAGAAAACGAGGAAGAGAAAGUGGUAUUCAAUUUGGCUAAAGGAGCAAGUACCUCAGGAUCAUCCUCUUCAAAGUCCAGUAGUAGUUCACUCGCAACCAACGCACUUAAAGCCACGGCAGUGACUGGACCUGUUAAAAGGAAAGAUCCCACUCUGAGCCAAACCAAAGAGAAGAAGAAGAAAUCUGCUCUGGAGGAAAUCAUUGAGAUGGAAGAAAAGAAGAAGAAAACAGAACGAACCGACCAUUGGUUGCACCCGGAGAUUGUUGUGAAAAUUAUUACAAAGAAGUUGGGGGAAAAAUAUUACAAGAAAAAAGCUGUGAUAAAGGAGGUGAUUGAUAGAUUUACAGCAAUAGUGAAGCUUAUUGAUUCAGGAGACAAGCUGAAGUUGGAUCAGACACAUCUGGAAACGGUCAUCCCUGCUCCAGGGAAGCAAAUUCUUAUUUUAAAUGGAGGAUACAAGGGAAAUUUUGGAAUUCUGGAGAGUAUAAAAGAAAAAAGCUUUUCUGCAACUAUAGUCAUUGACUCGGGACUACUAAACGGCCGGAAGGUGGACAUCUCAUAUGAGGAUUUUUCCAAGGUGGCAUGAUCGAUGUGACAUUAUCUGCCAGAAGCAUAUAAAACUCUACUGUGUCAGGGUUUUCAAAUCAUGAAUCUUGUAUAUAGGAUACAGGCUGAGGAGGAUGGUAUCCUGCUGUUUUUUUGUUUCAAUUGCCCACUAUUGGAAAAUAGUUUUGUGGGAUAUCCAAAAAUAAAGUUAUUUUUACA